AUGUCUCAAGGCGAUUUCGACCAUGGCGCUUCCGAGUAUGCUAAGCUCGCCCACGCUGUCACCCGCAACAUAGCAUCCGCUGCACUCAAGAAGAUCCCCCCUCUCAACUCUCAAAGCCGAGUACUUGACUUGGCCUGUGGAAGCGGUGAAGUUACGAGCCUCAUUAUCGAAGAUGCCAUUUCGCGAGGCCGUGAUCCCCCACCGACUGUGCUCGGUUUGGACAUUGCUCCUGGCAUGGUGAAGCUCUACCAGACCAAAGCAGACACAAACUCGUGGAGUACAGUAUUUUCUAGAGUCUAG